AAAGAUAUAUAUAAUAAAAAUGUCUGUUCAAAAUAAAUCGAAUAUAGAAUAAUUAUAUGAAAAAUAUGAAAACUAACAAAAAGCUUAACCUUUUCUUGAACAAGAAAAAUAAUUAUUAAUGAUAAUAAAUACAGAAUGCAAUCCUACAGAUGAAAAUUUCAAAAUAAAAGAAAAAUGUUUUUAUAGUUUAGCAGAAUAAUAUAAAAAAUAAAAUAACGCUUAAAAAAUCGGCGAUUUAAUUACAACCUAAAAAGAAUAAAUUAAUUAGUUUACAAAGGCUAAAGCUGCAAAAGUAAUAAAAAACUUAAUUGAAUAUGUAUCUUUAAUGCCUAAUACUGAAGAUCUCUAGAUUAAACUUUUUGAAUAUUUAAUAGACUGGUGUAAACGUGAAGAAAGAACCUAUUUAAGACAUAGAAUAGAAAUAAAAUUAGCUACUUUACACAAUUAAAAUUAAAACUAUACUAAAGCUCUUUUAUUAAUAGAAAAUAUUCUAAAAGAAACUAGAAAAGCCGAUGAUAAAUAAUUACUAGUCGAAGCUUAAUUAAUUGAGUCAAAAAUUUAAUAUUCUUUGGAAAAUUUAGCAAAGUCAAAAGCAUCUUUAACUGCUUCUAGAGCCUGUGCUAAUUCUAUCUAUUGCUCUCCAGCUUUAUAAGCUGAUAUAGAUAUGAUGUCUGGUAUUUUGUAAGCUGAAGAUAAGGAUUAUAAAACAGCAUAUUCUUAUUUUUAUGAAGCUUUUGAAGCUUUAAAUUCAGCAGAUGAUGUAAAAGCUAUAAAAGCAUUAAAAUAUAUGCUUUUAUGUAAAAUCAUGACUGGAAAUUAUGAUGAUAUUAAUUAAUUAUUAAGCGGAAAAUAUGGGCUUAAAUAUGCAGGAGAUGAUUUAUAGGCUAUGAAAUAAAUUACUUUAGCAUAUUAAGCUAAUAGUCUUUAAUAAUUUAGUAAAUUAAUUACGGAAUAUUCUAAAUAAAUCACUGGUGAUGCGAUUAUUAAGAAUUAAUUAAAUUAAUUACAUGAUUAACUUUUAGAAUAAAACUUAUUUCGAGUUAUAGAACCUUAUACUAGAGUGUAAAUUAGUCAUAUAUCUGAAUAGAUUAAAUUAAAUUAGGAAUUAAUUUAAUCAAAAUUAUCAGAAUUAAUUUUAGAUAAGAAAAUCGAUGGAACCUUAGAUCAAGGAAGUGGCUGUUUAAUUUUAUUUGAUGAUAUAAAAUGUGACGAUUUGUAUAAAAAUGCUUUAGAGCAUAACAAUUAAAUGGAGAAAGUAACUGAAAAAUUAUUUUAGAAGGCUAAAUAACUUAAACUUUGAAAAAAAAAACAAAAAAAACCAAAAAUUUAAAAAGAGAUUUAAUAUUAAAUAUACUAUAUUAUAUUUUAUUAAUAAAUAUUAUACGUAUAUAAUUGAAUAAAUAUAAAAAAAUUAUAUAUUAG